UGUUUAUUCAUCCACACAUUGCAAGUCGCAGUGUGUCCACAAGGACAUUGGCCAAAUUCGUCAUUUCCAGAUCGUUGAUAAACUGCUGGGAACAGUUUUAUUUACAGCCAGGAAUGUUUCUGCCUCCUUGUCGGAGCCCUACAAUGUAUAAAGCGCUGUGCUAUUAGUGUUCAAUCACAGAAACUUUGAUGAGUUUCUUCAUGUUUCGAGAUUUUUGUAUUGAAGAAUGGGAAAUUAGAACUUAGGACACUCGUUUUAGAAGUCGCCUGAUUUCCUUCGCUCAUGGAUGUAAAUGAUAUGACUGCUGAUACCCCCACAAGGAGGUGUGUCGGAGAGCAUUGCAUCAGGAGUGAACCCUGGCUUGAUGAUGAAUGAAUGAGGGUUAAUUUUGGCCUUGAGGAGCUACUGAACUGCCUGUGUGUUAUUUUGGACGACUGAUUGCUAUGAAAAAGAGGAUGUGGUUUGCCUUCCCUUGUCUGAUCCACAAUAUGAGGGACCCGUACAGCUCUGCUUUCUGAAGAAGUACUGAUUGGCGUUUGUUGUCAGAAAUGCAGAGUCUUGUUUCAUAGAGGAGGAGCGGAGUGCUAGUCUGCAUGAGAAUAUCAAUCCAGGAAAAUGGCUCAUUCAGUUUUUGUUACCUUCUUUGGAUUAUUUGCAUUGGUUUCAGCUUUACCGCACCAAUUCAGUCCCACUGAAAGAUCAUGCUUAGACAAGGGUAUUGAUUUAAAUCGCCACUUUGUUCUGGAAGGAGAAGGAGUUGUCAUUAGCUGUCCUGAAUUGGAAUUGGAAACAUCUGAGAAUACACCACAGAACUACAGCGUGAUGUGGUAUAAUAACAAAACAUCUGAAGUAAUUACAGCAGACAACAAGGAAAGGGUACAUGUGGAGGAUGAUUUGCUUUGGUUCCUUCCGGUAUCAUUGGAAGAGAGUGGCUCCUAUGUCUGUAUUAUAAGGUAUCCAACAUCUUGCGUCAAAAUAACUGUUUCAUUAACAGUUACUAACUCUACCAGUGUAUCAUGCUUCCAGAAUAGAUUUUCCUACGGGAUGACUUCACAUUCAAGGACUUCUAAAAGACUUCCUUGUCCGGAGAUCAGCAAUUAUAUAACCUCAGAUGAAUUUGAACUAACUUGGUACAAGGAUUGUAAACCUCUUUCAAAUGGAGAAAAAUAUAGGUACCAUAAAAAUGACCAGUACCUUACUAUAACAAAUGUGGAGCCAUCAGAUGAAGGAAUGUAUGUGUGUGAGCUGCAGUUUUUGCAUGAUGGUUUGCAAUACAGAACAGCACGAACCAUUGACUUUGAUGUUAAAGGCUGUAAAGCUAGUGUUGGCCCGAAAAUUGUACAACCAAAAAAUGGUACAAUUGAGCUUGAACCUGGAUCAACAUUGAACUUAUCUUGCACAGCAUAUACAGGAUAUUGUGAGCCUUCAAUAACAUUAAUUUAUUGGCUAGUAAAUAAUACAUUUAUUGAAGACUAUUUCAGUGACCAUCUUCAAGUUGAAUAUAGUCAGAAGAACAAAGACCAAGGCAACUAUCAUGAGUCAAGCAUAAUUCUUCCUAAUUUCAAGGAAGAGUAUUAUAAUGAAGCACUUACGUGUGUUGCCAGAAAUGGCUUGGGGUAUCAAAUAGCAACGGUUCAAUUUAAAAAAACAGCUCCAGAUUUCACAAAGGAGAUAGUAGCUGCAUUUGGCAUUUUUGCCUGUGUUUUAUUCAUCAGCGGAUGCACUUACAAAUUUUUCAAGAUUACUAUUGUGCUGUGGUACCGUGACACCUUUCCUGCGAAGUACCCUGAAAAUGAUGGUAAGAGUUAUGAUGCUUAUAUCGUAUAUCCACGAAGCUCUUGUUCAUCAUACUGUACCAACAUCCUUGUCUUUGUUAUGGAUAUACUCCCCCAAGUUUUGGAAUGCCAGUGUGGAUAUAAAUUGUUCAUACCUGGACGAGAUGAUCUACCUGGAGAAGAUUACAUUGAAAAAGUAAAAUCAAACAUCAAAGACAGCAGAAGACUGAUUAUUUUGAUGGCAAAAUCCUUUGAUAAACAACUGUGCACCAUGUUUGAACAGCAAGUUGGACUGCAUGAUGCAUUAAUAUCUAAUCAAAUGGAAGUUAUUCUGAUUGAGUUAGAAUAUCAUGAUAAUUACAGUGACCUUCCAGAAUCAAUGAGGCAUAUUAUACAAAAGAAAGGAACUGUUAAGUGGACAAACAGUGAAUGGGAAAAAGAAUCUCCAUCAUUAAACUCAAAAUUCUGGAAACAAGUGAGAUACAAAAUGCCACCGAGGUCUUCUCAGUCUUGCUGUAAAAUUGAGUAUUACUAGAUGUUAGAAAGGCAUUAAAUAUCAUUUCAUAUUUCACGAAAGUGCAGACAUUUAUCCUUUCGGUAAUAAGGUUCACUGCAGACGUGGAUAUUUCUGAACACUCAGGAGUGAAUUUCUUCAGGUCCUUUCCUGUUGUAACUUUGGAAGCUCAACAAAAACUCUUUUUAUUGCAAUCUUAUUAGCAUCAAAAUAACUGACCCUGUUAACAAUGCCAAAGUCUUUUAACUAUUUGCAAUACAGAUUUAAAAAUGGUUUAUUUUAGAUUGAUGCUUCCUGAUGCCAUUUUACAACUGUGUAGUGCACACAUGAGUAUCCACAAAUGAUUCGUCAACAUAGAAGUAAAUAUAGUUUGGUAAAUUAAUGUAUUCGAAAAGCAGGUUUAUAAAAACUGAAUACAAUAUUGAACUUAUUUUAGAUGAAGUUGAGGUAAAGGAUCCUGUUUUGAAAGUUUCAUUUGUUCUGUGCAAUUAUUUAUAAUUUGAAGAACUUUAGACCCAUAAAAUGUAGGAGCAGAAAUAGACAAUUCAAGCUAUUGAGUCAGCUUUGCCAUUUAGUGAGAUCAUGGCUGAUCUGAUAGUCCUCAACUCCACUUCCUUGUCUUUUUCCCAUAACCCUUGACCCCAUUACUGAUUAAAAAUCUGUCAAUCUCAGCCUUGACUAUACUUAAAACCCCUGCCUUGACAUUCAUCCGUGGUAAAGAAUUUCACAAAUUCACUGCACUCUAAGAGAAGAAAUUCCUUCUCUGUUGUAACUGGGUGAUGCCUUACUUUGAGUUUAUGUCAUCUGGUCUUAGAUUAUUUAACAAGGAGAAACAACAUCUCAGCAUCUACCUUGUCAAUCCUCCCCAAGAAUCUUCUGUUUCAAUAAGGCCGCCUCUCAUUUUUCUAAACUUCAGAGUGUGUAAGAUCAAAAUACUGGACCUUUCCUCAUAAGACAACCUCUGCGUAUCCGGAUCAACUGAGUGAGUCUUCUCUGUACUGCCUCCAGUGCCAGUAUAGCUUUCCUUAGAUAAAGGGUGCAAAACUGCACAUAGUGUUCUGUAUGGUCUGCCUGGUGCCUUGUAUAGUUUUAGCAAAAUAUCACUAUUUUUAUACUCCAUUCCCCUUGAAAUAGGAUCAACAUUCCCUGUUCUGCUGAAUGUAUAUGCUAGCUUUUAAUGAUUUAAGCAUGAAGACUCCUAAAUCAUGCUGUACAGCAGCUUUCCACAGUCUUUCUCCAUUUAAGUAAUAUUAAGUUCUUCUACUUUUCCUACCAAAAUGCAUAACUUACAUGUUGUGACAUUACAUUCCAUCUGCCAAGAUUUUGCUACUCAUUUAACCUGAGUAUAUCUUUCUGCUGACGCUGUCAUUUUAAAAACAUGCCUACCCACCUAUUAUUGUCAUCUACAAAUUUAAAUAUAGUGCAUUCAUUUCCCUCAUAAAAGUUAUUAAUAUACACUGUAAAUAAUUGUGUCUCCAGCACUGAUUAUUGUGGCACUUCACUAGUUACAGGUUGUCAUCUUGAAAUGUCCUCCUUAUCCCAACACUCUUUUCUUCUAUUGGCCAAUCCUUUGUUCAUGUGUGCAACACCUUGGGCUGUUACGGGCUCUGUGUGGUACCUUUCCAAAUGCCUUCUGGAAAUCCAAAUAUAUUACAGUUACUAGUUCUAUCAUUUAUCCUGCUUGUCACCUCCUUGAAAAAUUCUAAUAAAUUUGUCAGACAUGAUUUCCCCUUUGUGAAGCCAUGCUGACUGUGUUUGAUUAACAUUUUUAAAUGCUGUGCUGUUACAUCCUUUAUAGUAGACCCUAACUUUGUCCCAACAACAGACCUGCCUUUUAAAUAAGGGUGUUAUGGUGGCAGUUUGUCAGUCCUCUGCAACAUUCCCAGAAUCUAAGGAUUCUUGAAAGAUUGGAUGCUCUGGUAACAAUGUCUCUGCCGCUACUUUAAUAUCCUAGGAUGCAUUUCAACAGGUCCAGGGGACGUAUUUGACUUUCAGCCCCAUUAGCUUCUCUAGUACUUUUUUCUUAUGUUACAUUAUAUCCUGUCCCCCUUUCCCUUGAUUGUUUCAUAUUUUUGAGACAUUAUUAUGGAAUUAAAAUACUAUCCAAAUCCUAAAAAUGUUCAGCUUAACUGUUUGAAGUUGAUUACGAGGAAGCACAGAAUAGCAACAAUUUGCAUGAAAUAAAAUGAUGAUUUGUGGAUUAAGGAAAGUUUUCCUGGAGAUUUAAUUGUUUUGAAGAUUACUGUGCUGUAAUUUGAAAGGAUCCCUAUCUAAUAUAAAUCUAAAGCAAAUGUGCUUAAUAAAAUGUUUUUAAAAUGAA